AUGGCAUCCAGUACUACAAGCGGAGACAGAGAUUCAACCGCCUCCAGGCAAAUCUCGCCCGCCCCAUAUCUCAACUUCAACCAAAUAAUAUCCGGGAAUGCCGCGGAACCGUUUACCCUCGAGUCCUUCGUCGACUAUCUGUCCCAGAACCAUUGCAUUGAAUUAUUGGACUUCCUUUCGGACACGAAGAACUAUAUUGACGCCUAUCGUGCUUCAGCCCCUGAUCUUUGCCCCACGAAGAUGACAUCGGACUCGCGGCGUUUGGGGAAGCAAUGGAAGAUUUUAAUGAGCACAUACAUCAUGUCGGGAGCUCCGGAUGAGCUCAAUAUCCCAGAGCACAUCCGUAUCAGGCUGCUUGAUCAUGUUAACGUUAUGGUCUCACCACCCAGUCCAACCGUAUUAGACCCUGCUAUAAGCUACGCUCAUCAGCUACUCACAGACAGCGCACUGUUGCCAUUUAUUCAGAGCGUACGCUCGACUGGGGAUCGAAACAUCCGGAACGGAGGAAACGGUCGAAAUGGAGGAAACGGUCGAAAUGGAGGAAACGGUCGAAAUGGAGGAAACGGUCGAAAUGGAGGAAAUGGUCGAAAUGGAGGAAACGGUCGAAAUGGAGGAAAUGGUCGAAAUGGAGGCAACGGUCGAAAUGGAGGCAACGGUCGAAAUGGAGGCAACGGUCGAAAUGGAGGCAACGGUCGAAACAAUCAUGGCACUGGUGGAAACUCACUGUCUUCAUUACCAGAGACACAUGACGAUAGCCAAAGAAAUCUUCAUACUGCUUCUGGAGCUUUGACAAACCAGGAUAUACGGCUAAUGAGCCCAGCCAAGUCGUAA